AUGGGAGGCUGUGCGAGCAAGCCAAAGGAGUUCGACGCCCCUCGCCCAGAGACCCUCCCUAGCGAGACCACCAGCCCCAAGAAGGCUGAUGGCCCUCAGGAGGGUGAGGCCACUACUACAACCACCACCGCCACUACCACCGAGGCUGAGAAACAAGAGGAGACCACCACUGAAGCACCCUUGGUAGACCUCUCAAAGCCAAAGGAGAAGGGGGCUGAGGUUGCGGCCGCACCUGCUGUUGUCCCUGCCAUUGCGGCCGAGGCUGAGGUGGUAGCAACUGAGAAGCCAAAAGAGGAAGUGGUUGAUCAAGCCGAAGUUGUUGCCAAGCAACUGGCGGAGAUUAAUCUCGUUGAGGCUGUGAAGGAGACUAAGGGGAAAGAGCUGGUGGAGGAGCCUGCAUCGAAGGCGAAAGAAGAGGAGCCAGCGGCGGAGAUCAAGCCAAAGGCCACGGAGAAGGAUUUAGCAAAGGCAGCAGCUCCGGCCGCGGCAGAGGACAAGGCUAAGGAUGCACCUCUUGUUACUGUUUGA